UCUUCAUGACAAUCUAAUUUCAGAAUGUCGUCAUCAGCCCCAGAGAAGCCCCGUUUCCCUUCACCUCUAAUGGCUCUGCUCUGUUAAUGUGGGUAUUUUGGAUAUCUCGUGUAAAUGGUUUUCUGUCUGGCUUCUUUCCCUUCAUGUUUCAGGGCUCGUCUGUACUGUAGUCUGUGUCAGGCCUUCACUCCUUUUAUGGUUGAAUAAUAUUCUAUUUCCCAGAUUAACCACAUUUUAUUCCUUCACUUUUUUUUUUCUCUUUUGUGGUGUUGGGGAUUGAACCCAUGGCCUUGUGCAUGUGAGGUAAGCAUUUUAUCAACUGAGCUAAAAUCCCAGCCCAUGGGCUGUGACUGAGCUCGGGAUGGGUGGCUGGCCGGCUGGAAUGUGCUCCAGUGUUAUCAGGCACGGGUUCUGGCUGGGCUGCAGCUCUGGGCUGGGAGGGCGGGUCUUCUGAACUCACAGGUGAGCAGAAGCAUGCGUUAGUUCAGGUUGGGGCAGCUCUUCCGCCCCCGGUCCUUGGUGCUGUGGGGCUGUGGGCUAGGGCUCCCCGUGGAGAGGAGCACUGAGUUUCUGUUCCUUCCUUGCGGUCUCUGGACCUGCGGAGUCAUGGUCGUGUGUCGUCUUGGGUUGACACUUGGGGGGUUUAUGCCUUAACUCGUGUGGGACGAGGACACCCACCUGGGCUCAACAGGGACUCGUCAACACCAACCAGCCAACCUCACGGCCUUCGACCUCGGCAGGCCCUCCUGGUGAGCCGAGCCUGGGCAGGGCAUCGCACUGGGAAGAGGACAGUCGAGCCCAAGCCUGUGGGGUCCAGCGGCCUCCAUCGACCAGCGCUUGGAGGCUGCUCCAUCAGGAGGUCUCUGAAGAGGCCUGGACUCAGAGUCCAGGAGGCGGACUUGUCUUGUGCUCAGCAGAGAACAGGGACUGAGACACCCAGGGGUGGCUGCAGGCGCUGGGGAGCCUGGGCACAGGGUGUCCUGCUGAGCCAAGGGAGAGGCCGCCUGGGCGGCGGUGCUGGGGCUCUCCUGGCCUGAGGUAAGUGGUGAACUUCCCCCUCCUUUCCUGGAUUUAUUGGGAUGACGGUUUUAGAAAGGUCACAAGAGGUUGAGUCUGGCCUGUCAUUGAGACUCCAGCCCAUGCCAGAGACACCAUGGGUGUUUGUGCCACUGACACUCCUCCUCUUUGGGGGCGUGACAGAGGACCCAAGGUCCCCACACUGCCACUGUGGGGGGCUAAAAGUGACAUAGACACCCUGCAGUAUACUCCCCUCGCCCUGGGGCAGGACGUUGGCCUACCAUUGCUCUGUGCCCUCACCUGGGCAUGGGGGAGGAGAGUGCCCGAGCACCCCCUGCCAAUCUGCUCCAGACCUGUCUGUAAGGCUGUCUCAAGACUAUCAGGGCUGCACAGCUUGGACGGGUGGACACAACGGAGAAGCCCUGACCUUCACUGGACCGACCACAGGAGCACAGCCCUAGAGGGCGGUCAUCCCUGUGUCUGAACAGCAGUUGGAGCUGGAGCCUUGGCCUGGGUCUGCUCUAACCCAGCAGCUGUCCUGAGGCUCCCAGGCAGGCGGCGGGGGAGGGGCACGGUGGCUGAUCCCCUUUCUGUGCAAACAACAUCCGGGGUGGGUGCCCAGUUCGCACAGCGCCCCUUCUCCAGGGAGCUCCGCAGUCCACUAAUAGGGUAAAGCCUAUUCAGACCAGGAUCUCUUCUGAGAGCAGGCAGACCGCCUCGGCCGCGGUGCUGAACCCUGACCCUGCCUGCUCCACCGGCCGCUGGAGGAGCUAGGGUGGGGGACCCGGGGCUCGGGAAGCAGGAGCAGGAUCUCCUGUAACUCGCUGCAGAUUCCGGUAUCCUUGAAGUUUGAAUUACAGCCUUUCAUGCUAGUGCCCUGGAGAACCGGAUCCAAACACUUCAUCUCCUACCAGCGGGGCCUCCUUUCCUGGGACUUGACUUCAAGCCAUUUGGAAAAUUAUCAAAAGGAAAAAAAAAAAGGAGAGUUAAAGUUUCUAACACGUUCCUAAAUGGAGCCAAAUGGAUUUGGUGGCGGAAGAGCUCCCCAGCAGUUCCUGUGCCACAGUGCUGAGCCCAGCAAGAUCUGAUCGGGGCUGAUGCUCUUAUUGACUCUGACGAUAUAAUUAUGUUCUUGUUUUGGCUGCCCUGCACUUAAGCACAGAAAAUAAAAAGCCGUCCUCUGCACAAUGCCUACCACAGUGGUUUCAGCUCCACGGCGGAGAGUCAGAGAGAAACACGUCAGGGCCACGGUGAACCAGGCAGGGAGGCUCACACGGGCAGCCAAUGUUUCACUGAAGUCUUUGAAAAGAAGGAAACACGAGCCUGUUCCAUGACUUUAAAAAGGUAUUUACCCAGGAGUAGAUUUUUUUAAUGAGUUAUGAGGGAUUGUCCCCAUUUUAAAGUCUUCCUUAGGUGGAAAGAGAGAGGGGAAAGGGUGGAGAGGGACCCCAGAGCCUGUGGUUCAUGACAGUUUACCGCCAGGCCAGACAGGCUGGCGAAGGCAGAUGACCUUUGUGACAGUACUGCCUGUGCUGCAAGCACUGAGCCGGACAGAGGGAGUUUGUGCUUUAAAGAAACCGAAAGCACUCCAUCUCUGACAAGCGCCGGGUUCCUCAGGACUGCUCUCCCGCCCCCAGGGUGGACUUCCUGCUGACAUUGAUCAGGUGCCCAGCUCCACUUCCUGUGUUGCCCGUCUCCUUCUAGAGCCAUGGCCGAAGCCGCUCAUGCAAAGGGACCUUGCGCCUUCUAUAAGAGGGGGAAACACCACUCUGACCAGGAGACGGGCGGAGAUGAGCGGGAUGCCCCAGCAUUGCCGCUGCGGUGGAGGGGUUCACCUGCCCAGCUUUGAGCCAGACAGCUGAGGACCCUGCUGGGCUGCUGGGCGAGCUGGAUUGGAACCCUGGGCUGCAGCCCAGGCCUCUGGAUUUCCCAGAAGUUUUGUGGGGGCUGAUAGGGCUUAACAACUGUCCUUAGUGGGACAGACUGCAUGGUGCCAUUAAGUGGCUGAAGGCUGCUGCCACCUAUGGACUCUGAGGACCACUUAGAUGUCCUAUCUGCUGUGUGACACGGAGCAGGUUCCCAGGUCAGGAAAAGACUCUGCUUGCCGUGGUUGUGGGCGGGUUUCUUUCCCCAACUACAGGACGGGGAUGCUGCUGCGGCUCCAGCAGAGCCCUGUCAAGAGGGGACUCGAACGCAGCCCGGCAAGGACACCCGCUUUAGGUCACUGGCACCAUAAACUGAUUUCUAAAAACUCUUAAAAUGGUCAUGAAUGCACAUUGUUAUGACCAUUAUCAUACCACGAGCAGGAUUACUGUCUGAUUCCAACGGUGCCUUUGACCUGUGGGGGCUCCAGGAGGGACCCCUGGGUCUAGAGAGGGUUGGCAUGCAAGGCAGGAUUGUUGGAAGUGGCCACACAGAGAGCAAAGACUUUCUGCCUGUUCCGAGGUGGUCACCUGCCUGCCCUCCUGAAGAGGCUGGGACCUUGGUGCCUGUGUCGCAUGCCUGUCACAGUCGCUGGUCCCUUCUCCACCUCCUCUACUGCAACCUCUGAGCCUAAAUGUGAGCUAAAGGAAGUGAGUGUGGACAGGCCCGCGUCGCUCAGGUGGGCUAGAGUGACCCGCUGUCUACCAGGGAAGAGAGGGGCAUCGGCCCAGUCCAGAACCACAAGGAGGGCUGGACACAACAAGGAACAGGAGCUCCAAGAGUGGAGAGGGACUGUCUCUGCCCUGUGGCUGGUCACUUGCUGGGCUUGCUGUCCAGACCUCUCAUCUCACUUCAGCCUUCCACUUCCUGCACUGACUUGCUCUGAGCCUGUGUACUUUGAGCACAUGGGAGGGUGGUGGCAGCUCCUCCAAGCUCCCCUCGGUGGCUGCUGGGUACCCUGGAGCCCCUGCUGGGUCUGCUCACGGCACCCAGUUGUCACUGGAACCUGCUGAGGAAGGAGUGGCUGGUGGGUGAAGGAGGAGUGCCAUAGGGCACAGGCUGGACCCCAAGCCUCACUUUGGCCCCGUCUCCGCUCAGCUAUAUGACAGAUACCACCCUGGGCACGCGGAGCCGAGAGGCCACAGAAUGUUAGCACCCAAGUGAAACCAGACGGACCAGUGUGCAGCGGCCCCAGCCUGGGCCUGUGCUCCCCCCCCUGCCUGCGCCACGCAUCUCGUCUCCAUGGCAAUGCCUCCCAGGUGCUGCUCUGCGGCACAGUCAAGGAAGUGGUCCUGAUGACUCUAGUGGCUUUGUGGUUAUCCCUGGACACUGUCGUUACCCAAAUAUUUGAAAGAAAGCCCCCUCAGAACAGGAUACCUACAGGGGAGCCCCUUACCUGGGGCAGGGUUUGGGCUGGGACGUAAACUGCCUCUGCCUGUUGAUCGAAACUCAGUUCCCAUCGUUGGAGGCAGGCAGAGGGGAAAGAUGUGCUCUAUCUCCAGAAAGAGUGAGGAGGUUGUCCCGGCAACCACAGCUGGCAGGUGCCAAGGCCGGACAGGAACGCUUUCCUGCUGCCUCAGGCUGCUUCAAACACGUUGCAUGAAGUGCGUCCCCUUCACUUUCGCUUCAAGGUCCUGGCACCACCCCAUGGUGCUGGCGAGGGCAAGCCCUCAAGGGUCAAUACCAAGCUGAGAAAGCAGGACCCCAGCAGGCAGAGAAGGGAACGGUGGUUCUGGGAGGAGGGGCACGAACAUGGGAGUUAGAAGGAGCAAGUGUCGGCGCUCCCUAGCAUGUCACCAGGGUCACCGUAGCCAUCAUCUGCUGGGCGCUGCAGAAGAGCUACAAGAAGGAGUCCCGCAUAAUGCCAAUGCAAAGGAAAGGUGACUGUUGGGAAGUUCUAAUUACCCUGUUUGGAUCACUCCACGUUGUCUGUGUGUAAAAAGUCACAUUGUACUCCAUAAAUAUGUUCAGUUAUUAGGUGUCAAUUAAAAAUGAUUUUAGAGAAGAACCUGGGAGGCAGGAGAGUGCAGGUGUGGAGAGCAGGUCGAGAAUGAGAGCUAGGUGCACUGGUCUCUGCGGGCCAUGUCACUGUAGGCCAGCCCGGGGACGUUUCUUUGUCUCAGGUUUCUCCGCUGUGAGGGAUUGUGUCCCGAUGAUCACAGGCAGCCACGUGACACCGCUCCAGUUACGUGAGCUUCCUGGGCUGUCAGUUCCCCCUCUCCCACGUGGGAGGCUGAUUGAACUCAUGUUUCAGGGUUGUUGCGAUGACCUCAUGGGUUGGGAGCAUGGAGGACAUAGCACACAUUGGACAUGGUUGCUGGGGCUAUUUUUAGUGUUGCUACCAUCCCUGGCCUAAGAGUCUGUGACCUCUCCUCAUUGGCUGGUGGUGGACAGAAGCCUCUUGCCCCUCUCUGGUGGAGUCAGCAUGCCUUCUGCGGUCCUCCUGGGUUGGCAGCUGGUGGAGAUCAUCUGUUGGUUUCAUUGUCCUUUAUUUAGGAUACUGGCAAACUACGAGGCUUUUUGUCACCUGGCAAUGCACUGACCUUGUGGGGCUGCCUGGCUCGUGGCAGCUGGGGCUCAUGUGUUCUGGAACACUCCAGGCCAGAGCCACAGAGCAGGAGAAGGGGGCAUGCCACCAGUGGGCGCAGAGGCUGCUGCGGAGGUGUCCAGAGUUUUCCUCCCUCUGCAUCUAUGAAGGAACCUGUUUUAGAACGUCUGAGUUGGUAUUUUUUUUUUUCCAACAAGUGUAAACUACUUGCAGAGACAUUGCAAGCCCUGGACCCUCUGAGGGUAACUCACCCAUUUCCCACCAGCCCAGGAGGGCUCGUGGGCACCCCAAAGCAGCCGUGAAGGCUUCAGGAUACCUCUUCCACAGCAUGAUCAACGUGAGCCGGCAGAGUCAGAGAAUCACCCGGGCACAGCUUCUCCACCUCCUCAGGCCCUCCACUCCGGUCUGCCCCCAAUGCCCUGUAAAACAAAAGGGGCCCCUCCCAAGGGCGAGCGGCACUUAGCUGCUGCGUCACAUCAGUCUCCGCCAACCUGGAGAAGUCCACCGUUCUCUGACUCUCCAGGCCGAGGCUGAGCACUGCAGGUCACUUGCGUGGUGGGAUGUCCUUCAACCUGGGUCUGCCGAUGCUUCCCUGUGGCUGGUUCAGGUCAAGCCUCUCUGGCAGGGGAGUCCAGGGCGACCCCUGCGUCCUCAGAUGGCAGCAUUUCGACCUGCCCCAGGCUGACGGUGUGCCCUCUGCGACCUGAGGGUGGGGGUCCGUGGCUUCUUCUCUCCUUUCUCCUGCGGUGACUGGUGAGUGCUGGGGGCCACCCUGAGCCCUGCUCCCCUGCUCUCUAUCCAGUGUGCCGCUCCUUCGCGGGUGUCUUGAUCCCGUUUCCUUCUGUGGGUCGUGGUCUGUCCUCCUUGAGUGUCCCAUCCUCAGGGUCCUGGGUGUGGCCAUCUGAGAGCAGGGGCUCUUCUGGCUGCCUGGGUAUGACCGAGCUUCAAGCGGUUGCCCCAGGUGCUUCACACUCACUAUGGGACCUUGCCUGGACAUAAGUCAGCGGAGGAUGAGAUCCAGGUGCCUCGGUCUGUGUACUUUGGAAAUCCAGCUGGGCAGGUGAGGCCACAGUGCUGGCCCCUUCCCCAGCAUGGCCAGGGCCCAGGGCUGAUGCAACUGAAGUUUCUCAGUGAUCUUCAGGAGUAAGGUAUAUCUACAGGCUGGGCACUCAGCGCUUGCCCUCAGCCAGAUUUGGGGUUUGCCACACCCUUUAGCAGGCAGUCACCUGCUUAAAACAAUGCAGUUAGGAUUGUGGGUCCCACAGGAAAUGUCCAUGAACCAGCAGAAGGCACCUUGAGCUGUUGGCCAUGACAUGCCAUAGCUGCAGAGCAGGGACCCAGCAGGAAAGGGCUCCUGGACAGAUUGGUUCAGGCAGCAGGCAACUGUUUCUUCUCAAGAUCUGUAGAUACAUGCGAUCACCGGAGGUGGUACCAUCAGAGUGCGCUGCCUGAGUUUAAUUUGGUAAAUAAUUCCCAGAUAUCAUAUAAUAUUUGUAAAACCAAAACCUAAAGCAAAACCAAAAAUACUUAGAUUUUUAUUUCAAACUAAAUUUAAAAGAACCAAAUGUCAAAGAGAAAAUAGAAAAUCAAAUGUCAAAAGAGGAAAAAAAAUGAAGAUCUAAGUUAAACCUAUCUAACCUGGGGAGGAUGAUUUCUAAGACCACAGCUAGGUGAAGAAACCACAGAAACAUGUAAGAAUGAAAUUCAGGAUUUAAAUGAACUAAAAACUAAAAGCAGGAACAAAGUUAAAAGACAAACACAAAAGGGUAAAUAUUUAUAAUAUUUUUGACCAAUGUUAGCGCCUUUAACUGCGUCAGUCUUUUACCCAUCAUGAAUGUGGGGACGGCUGCUGCAGAAGUGAGAACUUCCAACCCUAACCCUAACUCUACCCCUACCCCUACCCCUAACCCUAACCCUAACCCUUCCAAGCAGAGGAACAACAAGACUCAGUUGAGAAUGGCCUGGGUGAGCUUUGCUCAACCUGAACUGAGGACAGAUGGCCAAGCUGGAGAGCCUUCGCCACGGAGGGCCCUAAGGUUGCCGCAGAGGGUAUCGCUGACACACAGGGGUCAGAGGCAAUUGCAAAAACUAAAAGGCCAGAAUGUUCUUGUGUUCUAUCUUGUGUCACCAAGCUCCAGUGGGGGGAAUGUGGGUGCCACCAGAAUCCUACUGUGGAGCCUGACUUUCAUUUCAUCUCCUGACCAUACGUAACUUGUUUUUGUGUAAAAUUGUCAUAAAUUUUCCCAAUUGGUUUUCCACCCCAGGGGUGCUCUCAUUAAGUCAUACUUCUACUAAAAAUACAAAGAUCAUAAAAAUGAUACUCGCUAACACAUAUCAAGUGCAUCUCAUUCACAGUGUAAUGUAUCUGCAAUUCACUUAAAUAUCAUAAAAGCCUCUGAUGGUGGUGGAGCCAUUGUCAUACCACCAUCAUCAUUGUUGCUGUCAUUAUUGUCAUCAUCACCACCAUCAUUGUCAUCACCACCAUCACCACCACCACCACUGCUACUGCCACCACCAUCACCACCAUCAUCAUCAUCACCACCAUCACCACCACCAUCAUCAUGACUACCACCACCACCACUACCAUCAUCACUGUCACCACCACCAUCAUCAUUACUGUCACCACCACAACCACCACCACUAUUGUCAUCAUCAACAUUACCACCACCACCACCACCACCACCAUUAUUGUCAUCAUCACCACCAUCACCACCACCUUGAUCAUCAUCACCACCACCAUCACCACCACCACCACCACCACCAACACCAUCACCAUCAUCACCACCAUCAUCACCAUCAUCACCACCACCAACAUCAUCACCACCACCACCAUCAUCACCACCACCACCAUCAUCACCACCACCAACAUCAUCACCACCACCUUGAUCAUCAUCACCACCACCAUCAUCACCACCACCAUCAUCACCACCACCACCACCACCAACACCAUCUCCACCACCAUCAUCACCACCACCAUCAUCACCACCACCACCACCACCAACAUCAUCACCAUCAUCACCACCACCACCAUCAUCACCACCACCACCAUCAUCACCACCACCACCAUCAUCAUCACCACCAUCAUUUUAUGAAGGAGAAACUGAGGCUUGGAGCCUCAGCACAGGUUUCACUCUCAGCUAGCUCUGAAGGCAGAGUUCAAAUCCACCUUCCUGAGAUCAGUGCAGUGCCCCAGACACCUCACUUUGAGGUCAGAAGGUGCAGCAGCCAUCCUGCCUGUCGGAUUGGAUCUGGUGGUCUGGCAUCUUCCUGGAACAUCACCUUGGAAGGAUUAAGCCACCCAUAUAAUAAUCAUAUUUUAAAAGAAAAGGGGGUGCUCUCUGGAUGGAGCACUGUUCUCCAACCAAACAAACAAAGAACAAAACAACCAAUCAAGGAAAAAGUAAAAACAUAAACAAGAAAUUGAGGAGCUUCCAAAAUGUACCCUGCUAUUUUUUUCUGAUUUAGAGUGCAGACUCGAGAGAGGCUCUUGUGAAAGCCAGUGCUCUAGGGGAAGCUGACCUGGGCUGGAUGGUCCCUUUCUGACAUCCGUGUCCUGUCCUGAUGAGCUCAGGUGCAACCUAAGUUUUAUCAGACUUAGCCACCUGGAGGCAAGGCCAGGUCUGCUCUGGGACUUGCAAGCAGAGAUUGCAAAAGAAAAAAUUGAUGGCUCUUCACCAUGUCCUGUAAGCAGUGAGAAUAUGUGCAUUUGUCUUAAAAAGAGAGAAUACUUGAAAGUGACUGGUAAUGUCUAAAAAUUAGUUAUUUUCAGAGGAGUUCAUAGUAAGAUUUAUAAUUUCUCCUACUCUAUAAGACUCCUCCUGCACAUCUUUGGUAAAUCCCUGACCUUCAGAUUUGAGUUAUAUAUUGUAUGUGUGUAUACGUAUAUAUCUAUAUUUAAUUUUAUAAAUUUAUUUUCAUUGAAAUUAGCAUAUGCUUGGAGACCCAAAACAAUAACAUGCUACAAAUUAUGGUAUGUAAAAGCCAUGGAAUGUACACACCAUUUGUAUAUGUCUCUUGUAUUUUUAUUAAAUAGCUUAGUUACUUAA